GUGAUCUGAUUGGCUGAUGGAGAGGGCGGCGACGCUCCUUGACCAAUCGCGCAGGGAAUCCGCGUUGUCGGAAGUGUUCGGCUGUGGAGGCGGAGCGCUACGCGUGUGGAUGGAGUGGUUGAUGCUUUUCUCCACCGGAGACCAGACGGUCUGAUCCUGCUCCCAGUUUGACCUCUGAAUGACCUUCACACCCUUAAAACUGUGCUACAGCACUGAACGUGUGUCAGCACGAACUUGAAGAUGUGUUUGGAGUGACAGAGUUUGUUUAGCAUCCAGUCGUUUCUCAGCAGCCAGCAUGGACUUCCUGCAGAUGAAGCACCUGAAGAGGAAGAGGAAGAGCAACUACAGCGUGAAGGAAACUCAGACUCUGAUCCGCGAGAUCCACAAGCGACGUGAGAUUUUGUUCUCCCGCCAGCAGAACAUGGCCAUCAACGAGCUGAAGCGGCGCGCGUGGGAGGAGGUGGCGGACAGCGUGAACGCGCUCGGCGAGGGUGAGCUGCGCACGGCGGCCGAGGUCAAGCGGCGCUACCUGGACUGGCGCGCAUUAAUGAAACGAAAGCAGCUUCAGGCUGAGUUGGCGUCGGGGCUGAAGCAGGAGUUUGAGCCUUCGUCUCCUGAUAACGACGCGUCUCUGGGUGGCGGCGACCAGUCGCUGGACCUCAGUGGGUUUUCCAAAGACUCGUCGUGUGACUGGCAGGACCUGACGGACCUCGGGGAGCCCAGCACACACACGUCUGGAGUCAAAACGGAGGACGAUGAGGCCAGCAGCUACAGAUUGGAGGCGGAGGUUGGGGAAGGUGGUGAGGAGGACGAUGAAGACUGCUUUCCCUCCAUCCUCCCUGAUAUGGACCGCGAGGGUCGAGUUCCAGAGGUCUUCGCUCACAUUGAUGAAUUCGGCGUGCUGAGCUCCACAAAGCCCCCGUCGGGCCCGGCGAUGACUCGAGACCUGGGGCUGGGAGUCGGGGGCUUGUCCGGGAUGGGCGUAGCUGGAUUGGGCCUGACAGGAGGGGAGAACACAGGUGUGCUGGUGGCGCUGGAGAGGCAGAGACUGGACCUGGAGAAACACCGCUUACAGGUGGAGUCCGAACGGCUGCAGGUGGAGAAAGAGCGCCUCCUGGUGGAGAAGGAGAGGUUGAGGCAGGGCGAUGUGGAGAGAGAGCGGCUGCAGCUGGAGAAGGAGCGUCUGCAGGUGGAGCGAGAACGAUUGCGACUGCAGCUGCAACAGAACACGCCCCUCCAGCAGAGCCCCGCCCCCUCCAUGUAUGUAGCCACACCCACCACCUCAUCCUCUGCCCCCUCGUCGUCCUCAUUGGAUGGCGAGAAGGACAGGAAGCUGGUUUGGCCGAUGGCAGUGGAUUUGGAGGCGGAGAAGCUGAAGUUAGAGAAAGAGCGCCUCCUGCUGGAGAAAGAGAGACUGCAGUUCUUUAAGUUUGAGUCGGGGAGACUGCAGAUUGAGAAAGAGCGCCUGCAGGUGGAGAAAGAGAGGCUGCAGCUUCACAAAGAUGGACAACAGAUGGCGCUGCACUCGUGAAACACCAUAGAUACAGCUGGGUAGGAAAAAAAUUGUUACCGUAGUUAUCUAUUCAUUUCUAUGGGGAAAAAUUCAAAUAUGUGUGUCUUUUGCACAUUAAUUAAAGCAAAAAAUCCUAUUUUUUCGUCAGACAUCUGAAAAAGAAAGAAGUCAAGCAAUGAAUGUGAGAAGUUUAUAGACAAGAUGGGAAAAAGAUGCAUGUGGACUCACUUUUGAACAUAUGCAGCAGUAAACUUUGCAUUUUUAAAUAUAAAUAUGAAAUAUGAUAAAUGAAUGUCAGAAAAUUACCUCAUUGCACAGAAAAACUGACGAAAAUAUGCAUCUUUUAUCAUCUUGUUGCUGAAUUGCUUGUAUUCACAGCACUUCAGUGUUGUUGUUUUUUUUUUAACUAAAAAAAACUAAAACAAUUAAAAAUCAGAUCAGUAUUUUAAACAUUAUUUGAAAAAAUGUUUUUUUUUU